AAUUCGGACUCAUCGGCACACUGUGAUGGCGGUUCCACCUGAAACCCAGCUUGAUGACAGCCCAACUGGCCCUCCAAGAUUCACUUGGAGGGACCAUAUCAAUUCUUGCUGGAAGGAUUCAGAUUAUAAACGAAUGGCCAUGGCUAGCCUUGUAAAGGCAGUUUACAUGCUUGAACUUGAUAGACAGGAGAACAGAACACAGGAAAAUGCUCUUGCUCCAAGUUGGUGGAUGCCCUUGAAGUACAAGCUCACCCAUAAAUUGAUUGAUAAAAGGGACGGAUCUAUUUUUGGUGCAAUAUUUGAAUGGGAUAGAUCUGCAGCAUUGUCUGAUUUUAUACCAAUUAGACCAAAUGGUGCACCUAAAGCUGUUUUGGCACUCAGAGGAACAUUACUCAGAAGCCAUACAGGGCGAAGAGAUAUUGAAGAUGACAUCCGUUUUGCUGCUUGGGAAAGCUUGAAGGGCUCUUUCAGGUUUAAAGAAACUUUGGAGGCACUGCGAUCAGUUUCUGAUUUGCAUGGAAGGAGGAACGUUUGCAUAGCAGGGCAUUCCUUGGGGGCUGGAUUUGGUCUUCAGGUGGGAAAGGAACUAGCAAAAGAAGGGAUUAAUGUGGAGGCACAUUUAUUUAAUCCACCUUCUGUUUCACUAGCCAUGAAUAUUGGAUAUAUUGGAGAAGGGGCCGAGUAUGUCUGGAAUGGACUUAAAUCUAUGUUUGCAUCAGGUAAUGAAGUUCAAGUUAGCAAUGAUGGACACAAGACUUAUGGUAUAAGUGUGAAUCGAUUUAUGCGUCAGUUAUCAGGUAUGAUGGAUGCUUGUUUUGGUGUUGGAAAUAGGGUUCCUCAUUUGUAUAUUAACAGCAAUGACUAUAUCAGUUGCCUUUACUUUUAUGCUGAUGGAACUAGUGAGAUCAAAGACAACGAAAAUAUGGUUCCUGCAGAUGGAGAAAAUGUAGCGAAAUUGUUUGUUGUCUCAAAGAAAAACCAGGAAUUUCUUGAGGCGCAUAGCCUGAAACAGUGGUUUUCAAGUGAUGCAGAACUUGAGCAGGAUAUCCAUAAUUGCAAACUCAUAAGCAAGCGACUUAGGUCUUUGAACAUUGCUACACCUUCACUAGUAAUACUUUUACUUUAUCCACGUUUUGUUUCAUUUUCCAUGAGUCACAUCAACAACAUUAGAGAAACGACUGAUUAUGUCUGGAAUACACUUAAAUAUGUGCCCCUAUCUAGUGGAAAAGCUCAAGUCGGCAAUGAUGGAGACAAUACUUCUGGUGUAGGUUUGAAGGGUUGGAUAUCUCAGUUAUCUCGCUUGAUGGAUGCUAGCUUUUGGGUGGUGGAAUGUGUUUAUUAUCUGAAUGUUUACAAGAAUGGUGGCACAAGAGAAAAUACAAUCGAAGAGAAAAAGGAUCUUACAGAUCGGCAACUUAGAGCAAAGUUGUUGGUUGUCUCCAAAGAAAAACAGAAAUUUCUUGCAUCUCAUGGCCUGGAACAAUGGUGGCCAAGUGAUGCCGAACUUGUACAAACUAUCCAUGAUAGGGAACACAUUAGGCAUUUAUACAGCAGUACUCUUUGGGAAACAGCACAUUUAUUAAAUCCAUCUUUUGUUACACUUGCUAUGAAUCUCAGUAAUAUUGGAAAAGCUCAAGUGAGCAAUGAUGGAAACAAUACUGGUGUAGGUUUCAAGGGUUGGAUGCCUCAGUUCUCUAGCUUGAAGGAUGCUGGUUUUGCAGUGGGCAAAUGGGUUCCUCACAUGUAUAGUAACAGCAGUGACUACGUCAGCAGGCAACUUAGAUCUUUAUACUCUUCUACACCUCAAGUAUCUCAUCUAUUCAAUCUGCCUUCUAUUGUACCAGACAUGAGUCAUAGAAAUACUAGAGAAAAGGUAGGAUUUGUCUGCGAAACUCAGGAUAGCAAUGACAAGAUUUCAGGUACUGAUUUGAAGAGUUGGAUACCGCAAUUAUCUGGCUUGAAGGAUACUGGUGUUGGAGUGAGCAAUUGGAUUUCUCAACUGUAUACUCGCAAGAGUAAUGAAACAGCAGAAGGCAUGGAGAACAUAGGUCCUUAUUGUUAUUAUUUAUUUAUUGCAAAAGAUAAACAAUACGUUGCGCAAGUUUCGUGCAUUAGUUGCCAACGUUAA